AUGUCCCAGCCACCAGGGUUUAGUGAUCCACAUCAUCCUACACAUGUUUGCAGAUUGCAUAAGUCUUUGUAUGGCUUAAAACAAGCCCCGAGAACAUGGAAUGAGAGGUUCACAUCUUUUCUUCCUUCUCUGGGGUUCCUUUCAACAUAUUCUGAUCCGUCUUUGUUUGUCAAGCAUGAUGGACAUUCUGUGGUCCUUCUCCUCCUUUAUGUGGAUGAUAUUAUCAUCACAAGGAGUCAUUCUGUCCCUAUUGCUGCAGUGAUUACAGCUUUGACUGAGGAGUUUGAUAUUAAAGAUUUAGGUCCUCUUCAUUAUUUUCUUGGGAUCCAAAUCACACAGAAUGCAAGUGGACUGUUCCUCUCUCAGUCUAAAUAUGUGUCUGAUUUGUUGGUUAAAGCUGAGAUGGUUCAUUUUAAGCCGUGCUCCACACCUUGCUUGCCUUAUAAUCGGUUAUUGAAAGAUGAUGGCCAUCCUUUCAAUAAUCCUUCUCUCUAUAGAAGCAUUGUGGGUGCUCUUCAAUAUCUCACUUUCACAAGGCCCGAUAUCUCCUUCUCGAUUCAUCAGGUUUGUCAAUUCAUGCAUUGUCCAAUGGACUCUCAUUAUGCUGCUGUGAAGAGGAUUCUUCGCUAUUUAAAAAGGACUAUGGACCUUGGCAUUCAGUUUCGCAAAGGAGACUUGAAUCUUCAUGCAUUCAGUGAUGCUGAUUGGGCUAGCGACCCUAAUGACAGAUGGUCUACUACUGGUUUAGUUGUGUUUCUCGGGCCAAAUCCCAUUUCUUGGUCAUCCAAGAAACAAAAUACAGUUUCUCGUUCUUCUACAGAAGCUGAAUACCGCGCCCUCUCCAGUACUUCUGCAGAAAUUGAUUGGAUCAAACAGAUUCUUCACUUUCUGAAAAUUGAUGUGCCUUGUCCGACGACCCUGUACUGUGAUAAUCUUUCUGCUAUUGCCCUUGCAUAUAAUCCUGUCAUGCAUCAGCGGACCAAACAUAUUGAGGUUGAUGUUCAUUUUGUCCGAGAAAGGGUGGCAAAGAAGCUUCUGCAGGUGCACUUUGUUUCCUCCAAUGAGCAGUUCGCUGAUAUCCUUACAAAGGGGUUGUCUGCUCCUCUAUUUCAAACACACUGCUACAAUCUCAGCCUUGGCAAGCUCCACUCUGAGAUUGAGGGAGGAUGA